AUGGAUGGAGAAUCCUCUCUGGAGAGAUAUUUAGACCAAUGUGACGCUGAGGUAACAGAGUGCAGAUGGAUUGGUGAUUAGAAGCGGUGUGCAUAGUAUCUACAUAGCAGUAUAUAGCAUUGCCAUAAAUCAAGCCUGUCGUACAUUGGGUUACUGGCAUGUUGGCAGGGUUACUAUGUAAAGUGGGAGCGGUCAAGAAUUUAAAGAGAAUUUCAAACUUUAGGCCAAUAUAUACUGAAAGCAUUGCUUACUCCAUUAGUUUCCAGUUUAGCUGUUUCAGACAAAAAGAUUACAUUUGUUCUUGAAUACUCAUUAAUAUAUUGGUUAAUAAAACUACAGGCAUCAAGAAUUGACAGCAAUUAAAUAUUUAGUGGAAUAUAUAUAUAUAUUGCACAAGAUCCAGAGCACUCACUCAUCCGCUAAACAGCAACUUCAAAGCUCACAGAUUUUAGUAUUUAAAAAAAAAAAGUCCUAAGCUAAAAUAAUAGGGGGUUUAGUUACAGUUUAUGAUCAUACAUUGAAGCCUGCCACAAUGUCAAUGUACCCCAUCUUUGGCAGGUCCUACUCCAACAGCCUAAUGUCUGCUCUUAUGAGAUUAACCCACUUACUUGGAGAGAAGCUUUCCAUCUGGGGCUCUCUGCAGUACAAGGCUAAAUAGGGCCCUGGGAUGAGGCACCUGUACCCUGUGAGAUAUAUACUACUGACUGUCUUAAAGGGACACUAUUGGCACCCAAACCACUUCAUCUCAUUGAAGUCUUCUGGGUGCAGUGUCCCAGUCGCCCCUUAAUCUUGCAAUGCAAGUUAGAAACUUCAAUAAUUACAUUGCAGAGCUAAUACUGCCUCUAGUGGCUGUCAAUCAGACGGGCACUAGAGGCACUUCCUGCUUGCUAGGCAACCUUUGGUCGCCUAACUGACGCUGGAUGUCCUCAUGCGCAUUAGCCCCCGCCCAUCACAUGGCACCUUCACCACAACAUGUUUGUGCCAGGUCCUGUGGUAAAAGAAAUCUCAUCUUUGAACUCUUCAAUUACUUAAAGGAAUAAUAAGAUGGUAAUACUUGAGACUUUUAUAUAUGCAACACAUAUCAGUGUAUUUUUUUUUUUUUUGCAUUGGCACAUGAGAAUAUGGAUGCCCUAAUGGACGAAUCUGGGUAUUUUGCCAUUUUAGGGCUGUCAUUGGUUUACCUCAUUGGAGGUCUCAUUGGCCUUCAUACACAGCAUACCACAGUUUUUUAAAGCUGCUCUUCCCAAAAAAAAAAGAAUUUCAUGAAGAUAAAAUCUUUAUAAAACACUCAUAAAAAAAUGCCGAUUAUUGACUGCAUUGAAAAUCCAAUGCAGCUAAAAUAUAUUAAAAGACAAUGUAAAGAUUACAGAGAGACUAUCUAAGGAGGGUCUUGUGCCAGAGAACAACACUGGCGUGGGCUCCUUACCUGUAGUUGAAGAAACAAGAUGGCAGCACCCUUGGGGUACAGGAUCAGGUAAAUCUAAAUCACCACAGCUGCACCCCCGGGACCACCGCAUCCCAAGCAGCAAUGACCAAACUACUUUAAAGAACUCUACCAGCAAACACUGGUAUUCAUUUUGGAAACAUGUCUACAUUGUUUGAAUGUUUCAUGGUGAUUUUGUUUUUUUGUUUAGGAUGUCAAUCCAUCAACUCCCAGCAUAUACACCCCCACUGCAUUUGAUGAUUUGCAGCCAGUUCCUGGAACGUCCUAUUCCUCGUUGCUUGAUCAGUCAAAAGAGCUUUCCUCUGACUUUUCGUUUGUAGACCUGAGCUUUCUCCCUGAUGACUUGAAUCAAGACCACGAAGAGAAGAAUGAACAUAACGACGAGCAAUACCCAACGCAAUCUGCAGAGCAGGACAGUGGAAUAUGCUUAAAUGAAUCUGGACUGUCCCAACCGUACACCCCUUCCGAAUGUAGAGCUCAUUCACAAGAUACUUCGAACUUGUGUCCAAUGCCGAUCACGCCCAUGACCCCAAUUACUCCAAAGACCCCAAUUGCUGAAAUAUCUGGCAUAGUCCCUCAGCUGCAGUAAGUACUGCUUUAUCAGCUGUUGUUCUUGAUGGUUAAUUACCCAUAUCCGUGUAUGAAAUAUGACCAUUUUUUUGGGAUACAUUUUUCCUUCUGGUUUCUGCAACAAAAAGUAUCCUGUGAACAUCAUCCAGUAUGAUGCUUUUUUUAUUUUUCCUGUUUUUGUACUAAUUUGUAUUUUCAUGAAAAUGGUUAAAGGGACUCUCCAGUGCCAGGAAAACAAUCCGUUUUCCUGGCACUGCAGGUCCCCUCUCCCUCCCACCUCCCAAUCUCCGGUUGCUGAAGGGGUGAAAACCACUUUAGUCACUUACCUGAGACCCCCGCCGAUGUCGCUCGGCGGUGGUUUUGGGUCGCCGCCGCUCCUCCUCUUCAUUACGCCGGGCGGUGGGCAAGACUGAUCCCGCUCGCUGGCCGCGGAGACCUAAUGCGCAUUAGAGCUCUCCUGCUCUCCAAUGCUUUCCUAUGUGGAAUUGAGCGACGCUGGAGGACCUCACACAGCGUGAGGACGUCUAGCGACGCUCUAGCACAGGUUUUCUGUGCUAUGGACCAGGAAGUGCAAUCUAGUGGCUGUCUAGUGACAGCCACUGGAGGUGGAGUUAACCCUGCAAGGUAAUUAUUGCAGUUUAUAAAAAAAACUGCAAUAAUUACACCUGCAGGGUUAAGGGUAGUGGGAGUUGGCACCCACACCACUCCAAUGGGCAGAAGUGGUCUGGGUGCCUGGAGUGUCCCUUUAAGACUACUUUUACAUAUCUUCCCCUCCCCCCCCCUUACUUUUCAACUCUCUAACUUUCCCCUUCCCAUAUUUCUUUACUCUAAAAUCAUCCCCCCCUUUACCUAUAAUUGUGCUAAUCCUUACGUCGCCAUCUUCUUAAGAAUUGUCAGUGAUGUAACGUCUUGUUCUUUUUAGAAAUAUUGUGUCUACGGUGAAUCUAUCAUGUAAACUAGAUUUGAAGAAAAUUGCCCUGCAUGCCAGAAAUGCAGAAUAUAAUCCAAAGGUAAGAUUUGGAAUAGAAUGCAUUUAUUUUAUGCAUGGGGAUGGAAUAUUUAAUACAAAUUUAUUUAUUUUAUGCAUGGGGAUGGAAUAUUUAAUAAAAAUGUAUUUAUUUUAUCUUGGCAUUAGAGAUUUGCUGCAGUAAUAAUGAGAAUUCGAGAACCAAGGACAACGGCGCUUAUUUUUAGCUCUGGAAAAAUGGUCUGCACAGGGGCAAAGAGGUAAGUGGGCACCAGAACUGCCAACAUGCGGUUUAGGGAUCAGAUAUAAUGGUGACUGCAAAUAAACGGUGCAGAUAUCGGCCUGAUGGAAACGGGGACACCCUCGUCAUCCAGUCCUUUCUGUCCGGCAAUGCAGCUUCAUUGAUGGAUAGAUCCUGAAAGUGUUCUUCCAAGAAUUACAACCAAUACGGCCGGCUACAGUGGUUAUGAUGCUAGGAGUACCCUGGCAGCAAUACCCAAGUAAUGGGGUGUGGGCACCAUUUUGUGACAGUUUAACUGAUGUCAGCCAAAAAGUUAAGCCUUAUAGAGCUUCUGGUUGGAAAAGGGGGAGCCCUGAACAACAGGUAAGAAGUCAAACCAUUCUAAAACGGCUAUUGUGCCUGGAAUGUUUCUUUUGUUGCGAUACAUUGCACUAUUAAUAAAUUAUCCUUUUUGGGGGGCGUGUCCUGGCGGGGGUACCGAACGGUCGCAUGAACUGAGCGCUCCGCUCCGACGGCACCCACAAAGGAGCAAUCCGGCUAUAUAGCCGGAAAAGAAAAACGGGGCCCCAUACACCCCAGUAACCAUGUCCCAGGCUAAAGGGAAGAGGCAGGCUGAUAAGGCAGAACGGAGCGCAUUUUUUGCCGCGCGGUCACAACAGGGGAGACAGACCUUGCAGGGAGAGACCCAAGAUGGCGCUGAAGAGGCUGAAACACAGCAGCACACUGAAUCUGCAACGGACACUCCUAUCACACAGGAGAUGAUGCGGGCAAUGUUAGAUGAGAUGUCUGCAAGGAUAGAAAACAGCUUUAAAGCCACAAUUGGGGCACUACAUAAAGACCUAAGAGAAUUGGAGGUGAGAACUGCUGGGACAGAAUCCAAAAUGGCAGAGCUACACGUGGCUCAUAGAGAAAUGGAGGAGGGGCUGACAGGGCUACACGACCAAAUGCAGCGGUACGAGACGAAGCUUGCGGACAUUGAAGACAGGGCACGCCGCAAUAACCUGCGCAUCCGUGGGGUGAGUGAGGAGGUGGGACCCACGGAAUUGGCGGCCUACUUGACGAGCCUGCUAAAAAUGCUAGCGCCUGACGUACCACAUGACAUGCUGCUCAUGGACAGGUUCCAUCGGACCGCUAAGCCCAGCUUUCUCCCUCAGGACACCCCAAGAGGCAUUCUUAUCAAAAUGCACUACUACCAUGUGAAAGAACUGGUGCUUCAGGCAAGCCGCCAGAAGAAAACACUCCCAGAUCCAUAUGACGGGCUGCUGCUAUUUGCAGACAUAUCGACAUUCACGUUGAAACGUAGGAGAGAAUUCAGAGGUGUCACAGAACAGCUCCGGCUCCACAAGCUGCCAUACCGCUGGGGUUACCCAGUGAAAAUACUGGUGUCCAGAGAAGGAAAAGUGUCAGCUAUCAACACGCCAGAAGAAGGAGCAAUACUACUCCAAAGAUGGGGACUCCCCAAGCCAAGCCAACAACACAGCCCACAGAGGACCCGCGGAUCCUCCAAAGACUGGAGAAACUCCAAAAGACCGACAUGAAAGACGUCACCGCAACUACGGCAUCCCUGCGAGCUCUUCCACAGUGACUAUUGAGAGACUGGUCCUGAUAAAUAGACCAUGGAGUCAACCAGGGGUAUUGUAUUAGCCAUGUCUAAUGUUUUGCCACAGUUUAAUAUAUGUUUGUACAGGUAUAGACUGCACAAUUCUUAGUGGCUCCCUACAGGGGCAUUACUACCCGGCUACAAGCCAAAAAAAAAAAAAAAACACUCAGUAAGCCAUAGAGUGGGUUGCACCGGAGACUACCCCCCCACAGGAAGGAAGCUACCACUUCCGCCUCCACAGGUCCAGAGAGUACCUAAGCCGAAAAUGGCACACCAAUCUGUUAUACACCUGUUUCAUAUGUUUUCCCAGUUAUCACUUUAUUUCCCUUCCCACCCCGGUCUAGCUGGGACCAGGCGAUCCACACCCUCUACCCGGUACCCACAGGGAAUCCACACCGCUGGCCAAGCUCACCAGCUCCUAAUUCCUACAAGGGUACCCAUGACAGCCCCACCUCCUUUCACUCGGCAAGGGAGAUAUGCCCGAACCCAACCCUCAACCAGGGGAAGGUCGCUCGUCUCGAUGCUGCUGGGGCGAGCAAACCCCCCGUACUCACUCUUGCACAAUUCUGCAACCCUUACCAAAUCCGUUGGGUAUAGACCUCCAUGAAAAAAUUUUCUCUGAAUGUACGAGGGUUAAACCUACCGGUUAAGAGACACCAACUAUAUAGAGAACUCAGGGAGACGGAUGCGGACGUCAUCUGUCUCCAAGAGACUCAUUACAGAACUGACAAUUUUAUCCCGCCAACAGUUACUGACUACCCACACCAAUACCACGCAACAUCCCCCACGAAAUCUAAAGGGACGUCUAUACUGAUCUCUAAGCGGGUGGCAUUUACCAUGCUCUCCACAGAGACGGAUACCAAUGGUAGAUACGUAAUCUUGAAAUGCACCAUUAAUAGCAUGACAUAUACAAUUACUAACCUAUACUCACCCAAUACACUGCAAGACACGUUCCUUCGACAAAUACUACGGAAACUAGAAUCGAUACGGGAAGGGGUGUCCAUUAUUUGUGGAGACUUUAACCAUGUCUGGGACCCAAAACUAGACACAAAUAUUUCAAGACACAGUCCAAGGUACAAAAUACUCCACAGACAGUGUAAAAAGCUACAGAAACUCCUCUCCCUUCACCAUUACUAUGAUACCUGGAGAAUAUCUCACACCUCGGAGCGGGCGUAUACACAUUUCUCCCAUGUACACAAUACAUACUCAAGGAUAGACGGGUUUCUCAUACAGGGACAAGGACUUAACCAAAUCACAGACUGUGACAUAGGACAGAUUACGUGGUCAGACCAUGCACCGAUCACGCUGUCGGUGAAGGACCAAUAUGACUAUAAGCACCGAAGCCCGUGGCGGCUGAAUGUCUCCUUGUUGAACGACUUGACAUUUACGAAAGAGGUAGAGGAGACUUUGUUAAAUUACUUUAGAGAGAACGCUACCCCAGGAAUGUCCCAGGGCACACUGUGGGCCGCACACAAAUCUGUAGUUAGGGGUAUUUUUAUUAGAAGGGCGGCAUACCUACAUAAAAAAUCCUCAGCCCAGACCGCGGAAUGGCAGAGAGAAUUGUACCAACUAAACACACGCAACCAAAUCUCCCCAUCUACGGAGCUUAAACUACAAAUAUCCACUAUUACUCGCAAAUUACACCAAAAGGCGAUAGAACAGACAGGAUACAGGCUCCAGAGAUUGAAAAUGACACAAUACACACAGGGGAACAAAGCUAGUAGACUACUGGCAAGGAGAUUACAAGAACGUAGGGCGAACCAAAAAAUCGCUUUCCUUAUGUCCCGUACAGGUGAGACGAAAGUUAUUCCUACAGACAUUUGCAACGAAUUUGCCAGCUACUACGCAGACCUGUACAACAUACACAAACAUGACACCACAUUUCAGCCCACGACGGAACACAUCAAUGCGUACCUAGAUACAGUGGACCUCCCGAAACUCACGACCCAACAAGCGACAGAUCUCAUUAAACCCAUCACAGGGGACGAAAUCCAGACUGUUAUAAAAAACCUACCAAAAGGCAAAGCCCCAGGCCCAGACGGACUAGAUAACACCUACUAUAAAAAAUUCAGUCAAACACUGAUACCUCACCUAGUGCACGCUUUCACAGAGGCGACAGCCACACAGAAACUACCGCAAGACUCACUACUGGCCCAUAUUAUUACGUUACAAAAACCAGGGAAGUCACCCACCAUCCCCCAAAAUUUCAGGCCCAUCUCCCUGCUCAAUACGGAUGCGAAAAUCUUCGCCAAGCUAUUUGCGAUGAGACUGAGCGCCCUACUCCCCCAAAUAAUCCACACAGACCAGGUAGGAUUUGUGUCAGGGAGACAGGGAGCAGAUAACACGCGCAAGGUAUUAAACAUACUGCAUAGCCUACCCAGACUAUACAAAGGGGGAGAAGUUAUCAUCUCCCUAGACGCCGAAAAGGCAUUCGACCGCCUGCACUGGACAUUCCUAGAGGCGGUCAUGGCAAAAUUCGGUGUGCCAGGAGAAUUCAGGGCAGCAGUCAAAGCGUUAUAUAGCGCCCCGAGGGCACAAGUGCUCAACGCGGGCUUCCUAUCCAACCCGUUUAGCAUCUCGAAUGGCACGAGGCAGGGAUGCCCCUUGUCCCCUCUGCUGUAUGUUCUAGCUUUAGAGUCAUUAGCAUCUAAGAUUAGGUACCAUAGUUCCAUACAUGGAGUGCGCAUAGGGAACAAGGAAUACGAAGCCAGUAUGUUUGCGGACGACGUGCUCCUGACCUUAACGCAACCGCUGAUUUCAAUGCCACACCUAUUGACAGCGAUAAAGGAAUACGGAGAUAGUUCGUACUAUAAAUUAAAUGUGUCCAAAACACAGGCCAUGGGAAUUGGGUUACCUGAGAGCACACUACAGGAGUUGCAGGGGAAGUUUGUGAUGGACUGGAGGAUGGAAAGCGUUUCCUUCCUGGGAAUUAAGUUAACUAAAACAAUAGGGGGACUGUUCAAGGCCAAUUACGAAGCCCUACAAAAAGAGAUGGAAGCUAGUUUGGUCUCUUGGAAAGACAAAUACAUCUCCUGGGUGGGGAGGAUGGCAGCUUUUAAAAUGUCCAUUCUCCCUAAACUACAGUACCUUUUUAGAACGUUGCAAAUAGCUCUUCCAGCCUCCUACUUAAACAAAACACAGUCAAUGCUCACAAAGUUUGUAUGGGCACACAAACGAGUGAGGAUAGCGGCCAAAUACCUAUACAGACCGGUUCACCAAGGGGGUCUAGCCUUACCAAAUAUUAAACUUUAUUAUCAGGCAACAUUACUAGCCCCAGUGUUAGGGAUACAACUACCAGCCCCUAUUCCACAAUGGUUAGAAAUCGAAGACCACUGGCUUCAAGGGACAGACCUCCGCAGAUUGUUGUGGGUACCUAAACUAAUGCGCCCCACCCAACCCCAUAUCUUACCCACCACAAAGACAUUACUGAUGACAUGGGACAAAACACAUCAGACGUUGACCUCUAUGACUCCGUGGUCACCGGCAACACCAUUGCCCUGCCUUCAUGUAGCGAACAACACAUUUGACUAUAGGGAAUGGACAAAGAGAGGCUGCACACAUGUGAGGGACCUCCUAGAGGCACAAAAGGUGCUACCGUUCCUGGACAUACAGAAAAAAUUCAACCUCCCCCCCAAAUUGAUAUUUCCAUACCUUCAGUUAAAAUCUAUGCUGGGGACACAAGCAACCACAGGAGAGGGGAAAAACUCGCUCACGGAGUUUGAAAGUAUCUGCCUAAACACUAAGCUAAAGAGGGGAACGAUUUCCAAGUGCUACUCACUACUAAACCUAGGCGACCCAGUACAUUUAGACAGAUUCAGUGAAGCCUGGCAGGCAGACCUGGGGAAACAUUUUGAUGCAGCUCAAUGGAAAAACGCGACCACAGCACAUAAAGGAAAGACAUCAUGCGCAUCACACCUAGAGUUAAUGCGAAAGAUACACUACAGGUGGUACAUGGUGCCGGUGCGACUGGCAAAAAUUUACCCAGGAACAUCAGCCAAGUGCUGGAGAUGUGGGGGUGCAGAAGGCAAGAUGUACCACAUCUGGUGGUCUUGUGAGGUACUACGACCCUAUUGGGGGAUGGUAGAAAACAUGCUAAAUGAGACAAUAGAUGUCAGUACUACACUCGCCCCAGAAACAGGCUUAUUGUUCAUGCAUAUGUCCAGAUUCCGGGGAAGUGAGGCAAUUUUAGUUUUCCACACCAUAAUAGCGGCACUAACGCUAAUAGCCAGAGAAUGGAAGACAGACUCCGCACCGACGAAACAAGCCCUAAAAAGGCAGAUUACCAUCAACCUACAAUAUGAACUAGUGUCCAGGAAAAAUUUAGGCAAUGCACACAGGUUUGAGGAAGCGAAAAAUAGGUGGGAAGAAGUAAACAGGUCCGGGGAGAUCAGGAAUGGAGUCUGACCCUAGUGUCAUGUGAAGUAGGAGAAUACUCCGACUCUAUAAAAUCCCUCCGCUAGGCCAAGCACCAGUACAAGGUCAGCAGUAAGAGACCCCAUGCGACCAAGGGAAAUCCAGAGGAAGGGACCCCUUGGGGACGAAAGGUGAUAGAUAGGAAUCACGGGACAAAUGGGUGAAUCGAGAGUUUAAAUCACAAACAGUGGAUGAACAGCAAAGUACCGGUAGGAGAAAACGGGCAUGUUAAAUCCAUUUCCCCCCCCCCUUCCCAUCCCCUCCUCCAGCUGGUUUCUUCCCCCCCCCCACCCAUUUAGGAACAGUAACACGAAACGAGAGAAUGCAUCCAUCUAGUGCAGGGGUGACACUAAGGAGGAGCCAAGGCAAAGCAGACUAGCAGAGGAAGACAGAUGCAGGUCCCAGAAUGUGGGCUGGCGAGUGAGGAGAAAGUAGACAAUGGAUAAUUAUGCCCCAGUGGAACAGUGCAAAAUGUAAAAUGUAUCAUGUAAAGUUGGAUGGCAUGUAACUCGAGAAUAUGAUAUAUGAUGUUCCUACCCCCCUCCCUCUCUUUAUUCUGUAUCCCAAGUUUGCAUUGAAGAAAAAGGAAAAUAAAAAUUGUCAAAUUGGAAGAAAAAAAAUUAUCCUUUUUAAAAAAAAAAAAUAAUAAUUUUGGUCAGAUACACGGAUAGAUACUUCCAGACUAAUUUAACUAGGAUCAAUACAGACACUAGGUGGCGGUGUAAUACCUAUAUAUUUUUAUUUAUUUUUCACGUGCUGAGCUUCGAUAAUUCUCUACCACCUUUUUAGCAAACUAGCCAAACACAAAAUAGUUUCAAUCCCCAUCUGGGACUUUUAUCAAGAUAAAUAAUGUUAUCUGUAACCGUGUUUUAUUUAAAACACGAAACAAUCUAAAAAAAAGAUUUGAUUAAUCGAAUGAGAGGGAAGGGGACAAGGUUUGCACACAAAAAAAAAUAAACCAGCUGAAAUGGGAUAUACAUCCAACAGACCAUGGAAAGCAGUGGCUGAAUAAAAAGGAGUAACAUUGUGACACUGUGUCCUUUGCCACUAUAAAAUAAUUGGUACGUACGCAAAUCGAAACACUGCUGUAGAGAAGAAAAUGAACUCAAGGCCUCAAAUGAACAAAGCAAUAUGAAUAGAGGAACAAUGUCCCCUGAUUUGGUCACACAGUUCCGUGGACAUAUUAUUUACAAAAAUGAGUUCACGUGGGCAAAAAAUUCUAUAGACAAAGUCAGUCAGGGGUGGAGGAAGUCCCUACCAUGGCCAUGAGGCCACAUGCGGUACAGCCAAGUCACCUCUAGCACCCUGGACUGGCAAGCUCCUGUUUGACAUGUGGAUCCGGUCAUUUUGGACCAGAAUGUGUCUGAGGUUGGCUCCUCUUUUGUAGCUUGUCAAUGGUGGUGUGAUAAGACGGGGAAAAUUCUCAUUCCAAUUUAACAAGCUCCGAUCUUCGUGAUUAAUCCUGCAUAAGACUGAUGAACAAGUGUUAAGGUUUGUACACACACUGUUCUUCUGUCUUUGUUGGAGGGAUUAUCUGGUGGAGAUUCUGCAUGGCAUCUAGCGUUCAUCAAUGUUUUAAUCCAGGAUCCGAGGAAUGUAACCUCUUUUCUUUCAUUUAGUGAAGAACAGUCCCGGCUGGCAGCGAGGAAGUAUGCCAGAAUUGUACAGAAACUGGGAUUUCCAGCCAGGUUUCUUGACUUUAAAAUCCAGAAUAUGGUGGGAAGCUGUGAUGUAAGGUUCCCAAUCCGACUUGAAGGUUUGGUAUUGACUCAUCAGCAGUUUAGUAGGUAAGUGUUCUUAUUUCCCACCCUCUGUAUAUAGAAGGAAAUAUAAACAUGUUAAAGCAGUACAUCUGAACUGAUUUUUAUGGGAAAUCUAUAGUGGUGGAUAAUUCAUCCCUAAAUUCUUACCCAAAUAAACUCUACAGCGUGCCGCAUUCUGCAGAUUCUGGUAAUUCAUUGAUUUAUUGCCGAUGGUUAUUGGGGGUACCUGAUGCUCUCUCUAUUUAAACUGUAGUCAGAUGCUAGAGAGGUGUUGUCCUAAAAUAGAACUCAUUAAUUGCCCAUAACUCUAGAUGGAUUCAGCCAUGAUACAAUCUAGAGACUGUCAUCAAGUAAUCUAAAUACAUAGUGUAUACAGAGCUUAGUGAAUACCCCGACUGAUCAGUGAUCUCUAAACCUGCAAUAAGAGCUCGGUGGCAUUUCAAAGUUCAGGAAAAUUAAACAUUUUUAUUAAAAUUGAUGUACAGAGGUGGUCUUUUCAUGGGACAUAGAAAACAUAAUGCAUUGGCCUUAAUAUCACUGGGCAGGUGGAAGACAAGAUUGUGUAUUAUACAACUAUUCUACUAUGGUAUAACAUAUUAACAUAUCAGUGGGUGCUAAUUAGACUUGCCUUUAAAAAACGCUCCAAUGUAAUUAUCUUGUUUUGUUUGUUAAUAGUUAUGAACCUGAACUUUUCCCUGGCCUUAUCUACAGGAUGGUAAAACCAAGAAUUGUGCUGCUUAUAUUUGUCUCUGGAAAAGUUGUAUUAACUGGUAAGUCACCAGAAAUGGUAGUGAGUCAAUAAUGUAUGGUUUUUUUUUUUUAAUUAAAAUGUAACAUUUCUAUGAAAUGUCAAGAGCAACUGGAGAUGGCGUGGAUAUGCUAUGUCCCAAAUCAUGAGAUCUGAAAAGUGUGGUGGGUGUCCCAACUCCCGCCUCCUCUGCAGUAAUUUGCAAAGACCUCCGAUGGUGACUUCGCUGUUGGGUGUUCAGUGCCGCAGAUGAAGGGGAGUUAUGCUUACCUGAACCUGUCCAUCAUGUUACUACUAGCCUUGUCAUUUUGGUCCACUUUAACCCCUGGCGCUUCAACUGCCAGGAGCCAACAACAGCAUAUGCAAGAGUACAACGCUUGGGUUGCAAGAUCCUCCAUAGACAGACCUAUUUCUCCUUAACGAUCACUAGUGACAGCUGGGGGGCUUAACACUUUCUUAGCAUAUCUUCUGACAGAGUUGGAAUUCCAUUGAAAUUCCAACGUCAUCAAUGUGAGUAUUUCAUUAAGAUUCUAUCUUUAUUAAAUACGAAUUGUGGGGGUGACCGAGCCACUUUAAGAUUAAUUAUCUUUAUAUUAAAGGGGCUCUUACAGAGUGCUUCAGCAAUCUGGUUAACUGCACUGCAGGGUUGUCUGUCGGUAGUAACAUUAAGUCAUCCUCUUAGUCCUAUACAAACAGAUGGGAGCAUCCAUGCUAUGAGCAGAAUGGAUUGUGAAUCUGUAGAUUUUGAAAUAAAUAUUAAGAUAUAAAGCCUGCUUACAGGUUUUGCAGAGGGUCGAGUGAGAGGACAGCAACCUCCAUCUUCCAUGUUUGUUCUGCGUCACAGCAACUACAGCAAAUGCUAUGAUUAUUCCUCUUGUGACGUUCUUUUCUGUUCUGUUAGACGAAUGCUUGUUUUAGACUGUACUGGCAAUGAACACAACGCAUUGACUGCUCUGGACUGAGAUACGGGAACUGUGCGGGUCAUUGAAUAAAACCUGCUGUGUUCCUUUUAUACCACUAUCCUAGAUUUGGGAUUGCACACCAUGGUAACCAUGUUUUUUUUGGUUCUGUUUUAAGAAUGGCGUGAGCUGAUCUAAAGAUGUUCCAUAUUUUCAUUCUCUUGUAGGUGCCAAGGAACGUUCUGAAAUUUAUGAGGCAUUUGAAAAUAUAUAUCCAAUUCUUAAAAGUUUUAAGAAAACAACAUAA